AUGGCUGCCAGAUCGCUCCUUCGCCAGGCUGCUCGCCGAAUGACCGUCAGCGCCGAGCCCUGUGGCAUGAACUUCAACUUUAAUGAAGACACCCUUGCCCUCCAAGACCUUGCCCGAAAGUUCGCCCGCGAGGAAAUGAUUCCCAAGGCAGCUGAGUACGAUCAGACUAUGGAAUACCCACAGGAGAUCUUCACGAAGGCGUGGGAGCUCGGUCUUGUUAAUGGUCACGUCGACCCUGAAUUGGGAGGACUCGGAUUGGGAUGUCUUGAAUCUUGCAUCAUUGCCGAAGAGCUCGCCUAUGGCUGCACCGGUAUGGAGACUGCCAUCGAAGCCAACUCUCUCGGCUCCAUGCCUCUGCUCGUUGGCGGCUCUGAUGAGCUCAAGCGAGAGUAUCUUGGUCGACUCUUGGCUGAGCCAAUCCAGGCCGCGUAUGGUGUUACUGAACCUGGCGCCGGAUCUGAUGUUUCUGGUCUCAAGACCAAGGCUGAGAAGAUCGGUGACGAGUGGGUCCUCAAUGGUGAGAAAAUGUGGAUCACGAACGGUGGCGUCGCCAACUGGUACUUCGUACUCGCCCGAACCAACCCAGACCCUAAGUGCCCAUCUUCGAAGGCCUUCACUGGCUUCAUUGUUGAGCGUGAGUGGGAAGGUGUCCAGCCUGGUCGAAAGGAAAUCAAUAUGGGUCAGCGAUGUUCCGAUACUCGAGGUAUUCGAUUCGAGAACGUCCGAAUUCCAGAGAAGAACGUAAUUGGUGAAGUCGGUAAAGGCUUCCUCUACGCCAUGGCUGCCUUCGACAACACCCGACCACCAGUCGCUGCCGCCGCUACUGGACUCUCUCAGCGAGCCCUUGAUGAAGCCACCAAGUACUCAUUUGAACGAAAAACCAUGGGAAAGCCCAUUGUUCAGCACCAGGCGAUUUCAUUCCUUUUGGCUGAGAUGGCUUCUCGAACUGAGCUCGGACGACUGAUGACUUACAAGUCCGCCUGGCAGAUUGAUACCGGAGUACGAAACACUUAUUUCGCCUCCAUCGCCAAGCUCUUUGCUGGUGACGCUGCCAACCAGAAUGCUACUGAUGCCGUUCAAAUCUUUGGAGGCAACGGAUUCAACAGCGACUACCCUGUUGAGAAGCUUAUGCGAGAUGCAAAAAUCUUCCAGAUUUACGAGGGUACUAGCCAGAUCCAGAAGCUCAUCAUUGCUCGAGAACACGUCUCCAAGUACAUGAGACUAUUGUACUCUCGCAUGGCAUACCAGACACAGCACAAUAAUACAACAGAUACCAAGUGGCGUGUAGAUUUGCAAUCCGUUCUUCAUGAGACGAAUAUGCUCUCAAUCUCGGCCGGUGAUACAGGUGCAACGUUACUGAGUGGCGCGUCUUGUAAGAAAUAUAAAAAGAAGAAAGACCUUGAUGACCGGGUUGAGAAGAACUUUAGGAAGCGGCAAGAAGAUAACAGAACUACCCAGCAAUCCGUUCAAGAUUCUGAUGAUGAAAAGUUGGGUAAACAGAGAUCUCAAAAGCGCAGAAAGUCAAAGAAAAUGAUGGUUGUCGAGUCAGAAAGCGAAUCAUAUCACGCGGACGCUGAGAUGGGCUUGAACCAAGAUUUGGCGGAUUCAGAUGUCGAACCCGUAUUCGAAAAUAUGGUUGACGUCGAGAUGUGCCCUUCUGGAGAGGCCAGCUGCACAGAUGACUCCUCGCCUUCUGAAUCUCGCUACAAGAAUGAUGCCUGCGAUGGCGACGACGAACUGAGCGACGUUGAAAGCAGCAAGAGUUUAAAUGACUAUCCUCCUCGUGGUGCAACUCUCAAUUUGAAAAAACAUGCGCCUUUGAAACACACCCAGAGUAUUUCGAGCAUAAUGGAAACCGACACCUGGUCCCAUUCUAAAGCUAACAAGUGUCCUGGUCUUGUUGCACGCUCGAUCCGUAAUCGAGCGAACAACCGUCGACGACAACGAGUAAAAACUAUUCCAUCUUAUGACCCUAAUGUCCCUUCGGAUGAAGGGCCCGAUCCAAAUGAUUUAGACCACCUUCUAUCUAUUCCUCAUAUUUUUACGAAAAAGGUUGAAACCUUGAGAGAACAGGUUUCUCUAAAGCUCGAAAACAAUAAUUCAAUGGCGAAUUCAUGA